AUGGAGAAAGAGGUCGAUCGUAUCAAUCUACAUAUUGACAUUCUUAGAAACUACAAUGUAACAGAAGAUUCAAAGAAGACUCACUUCAGUCAAAAAGCCAUCGAUACUUCAGUAAAACUCUACAAAAUCAUUCGCGGCUAUAGAUCUGUACUUCACACUGAGACAUUCACUGGCUGCAAAUUCCACAAUACAAUACGCAAUCUUGGCUCCGGAACACAAAAAAACCAACAAGUUUUUCGAAACUAUCAUUUGCAAGAACCGAAGAAUCCAUCUCUCUCUUUUCCCUUUUCUGUUUUUUUUAUCUACCUCUUUCGCGACUCAGACGUAUUGCACUCAUUAACACUAACACUAACACUAACACAAUCCUACACCCUCUAUAAUAAAAAAUACAUUGAAAUAAAACUUCCACUCACAUUCCCACCAAAAACCCUCACUCACCAUCUCCCUCCCAAUUCUUCCCAUUUUCCACCUCCCUCCCACCCCGGUCGUGCCGUCCCCACUUACUUCCCUCACCUCUUCAUUGGCCCAAAACCACCGCCAACUCCACAUCCCUCCAACACCAAGAACCCACCCAUGUUGUCUCUGUUCCGUGUGGCCCGCAUGGCUGCCCGCACCGGCGCCACCUCCAAAACCCUUGCGGCCACUUUCCCCGUGCUCAAAACCGCCACCAGAGCAUACAACUUCGCACCAAACUUGACCACGAAAACCACCAUCACAGACCAACUCACCGGCGAAGUCAUCACGUUGGCCGACCCAGAGCACCCGGAGUUGGGCGCCUACCAGAACCCACCCAUCCAGUUGGCCCAAGAUAAGGAUCCAUACGGCAAGUACGACCUCCAACAGUUGCGUCGUAACUUCAAUGAUCCUUUGCACAUCGAUGAGGACUUAUACGAUAUUUGGUCUCCCGACUACUACCAGCCUGUGUCUGACGGCACUGCGUUGAAGCACAACGCCGUUUUUUUCUCGCUUUUCUUUGGUAUUUGCGCUGCAGUGGCUAUUUUCGAGCUCAACCCAGAGAAGCCCGCCAUGCCCCGCUCGUUCCCAUACAACGGUUUGGCCGAGUACUUGGGUUCUGGAAGCGAAAAGGACGACCACUUCUACCAGGUUCGCCCUGACACCACCGCGGAGAAGGCCGGUGUGUUGGCUGAGGAUCCAGACAUCAACACCCAGAAGGAGGCAUACAUGCGGGACAACGCUGCUUUUUUCAAGCACUAG